CAAGUUUACUUCUUUAACUCCUAUCUAAAUUCAAUUAUUAUCGUUUUGUAUUGGCUUUUCUUCUAAAUUUUUCAAAUUUCUCCAUCUGGGUAUUAUCGUUUUUGGUAUUGGAUAGCUGCUGGGUUUGCUUCAUCAUCAUCUGCUUCCUUCUGCCUCCAAACUUUUUAAAUUUUUUUUUCAAAAUUAUAAUUUUUGGCGAGGAAUUCUGAUCAAUUUUUCCAGCUUGGUUUUCUUCCUUAUCAAUAAAAAAUAAGCACUUUUCAAGUCCAAAAGCGAAGAUUUCUGUUUGGUUUGUGGGAAUAUAUGGAGGAGAAAUCAUGAUAAACAUUUGUUUCCCUCCUUUUCACUGGUUUUUAUUUUUCAGGAAAUUCAGCUUUUUUUUCUUUGUUUCUUUCAAGUCCUUAAAUCACGGGGAGAGAGUCUUUGAUGAAAAUAGAAAAUAGGAUCAUUGUGUGGAGAAUAAUUCAAGAAAAAAGGGGUUUGUGGCCACUUUUUUGGGAUGAUUUUAUGGGGCAUGUGGCCAUCUGGAGUCCUUUUUUUAACCCUUGCUUUUCUUCCUUUUUAUGUUUUGACACAAUUAAAAUUUUGGGUUGUUGGGUUUCUCUUUGUAUCAUCAAUGACUCAACUAAUGCCGACAGAGAAUUGAAACAUGCGAUCGACAUACAUGGAUGAGUAUUUUGGUAAAAGAGCUGUUGAUGGGCUCGUCUCUAAAAAGGGAUCUGGUCUUGUUUUAAGGGAAACCCCCAAUAGAGACCGCAAUGCUCAGCUCUGUAGCCGGUUGGGAUGUAGUGGAAGAUUGAACUCUGUAAAAAGUGCUCAAAUUGAAAAGGCCAAACCUUCAAGGCCAGUAUUUCGCUCUUCGUCAAGUGGGAAAGAGAUAAUUGGAAGUUCCUCGAGGUCUUGCGUUGGUGUUGGCAACACAAGCAAGUCCAUUGCAGAACCUUGCAAAAAGCUAUGUUCUAAUUUGGAAACUGAUUCAUCUGAAACCAGUAGUGUUCAGGAUGAUCCAGAAGUUUCAGAAAUCACUCCGCCACCUGGAAAGAUUCAAAGAGGGCUUCACCCUGAAUUUCAAAAUUCUGUGUCUAGUGAAGUCACUUUGAUGGAAGUUGGAAGCUCUGGUGUCGCAUCAAAUACAAGAUCUCGAAGGAGUUUCAAUCAGAGAUCUGGAUUGCGCAGCCAAGAUUCCAUAGUGGGUUCUAAUGUUUCUAUGGGAUCUAAAAACAUCAUCCAGACACGGGCUAGCACAGCCAGGAAUGGUUUAAGAAAUCUAAGAUGUAAUUCAGUAUCUGACGUUGUCCCUUCCAGUUGUUCAUCAUCAGAUUCAAGCCUUGGUCAGAGAGAGACCAUAAAGCGAAGAACUUCCGAAGGAGAAAGUAGUUCUGCUGCUAAGGGGAAGAAAAUGAAUGGGUCAUCGUCAGCACAAAAACCCAGUUCUAGCCAUGGCAUCUCAACUUCUGAUUCAAGAAGAGCUAGAAAUAUGCCUUCUAACAGGGAUAACAAUGGUGUUGCAUCAGUUAGGACUCGGAGAACUGUCACUAGUCACUCGAGGGGAAAGCUGCUUCCUAAUCAAGGAAGUGGAAACAAUUCGUCAUCCAGUGGAUCCUCUGCAGGUCCACAUACGUCUGAACCUGAAAUGUCUAUCAACUCAAAUGCUUCUAGUUCAUCACAACGGUCAUCUGAUGAAGUUCCUUUAAUUCGGCCGAAUUCUUAUAGCCGGCCAGGCAGUAGCAGUGGGACUUUACAUGGCAUUCUGCGAGCUGGUGCUUCAGAUGUUGGGUUUUCCCGCUCUCUAAGGAACCAGGAGGGACUGCGACGCUACAACAUGGAUGGGAUAGCAGAGGUAUUGCUAGCACUUGAGAGAAUUGAACACGAUGAGGAGUUAACAUUUGAGCAAAUACUUGUUCUUGAGACCAAUUUGUUCCUGAAUGGCCUAAACUUCUACGAUCAGCACAGAGACAUGAGACUGGAUAUCGACAACAUGACAUAUGAGGAAUUAUUAGCUCUAGAAGAGAGGAUGGGUACCGUCAGCACAGCAUUGCCAGAAGAAGCAUUGUCCGAUUGCCUUAAGAAAAGCAUCUAUCAGUUUACACCCCAAGAAGAUGCAUCCGUAAGCUGCGAUGGGAAGAAGGCGGAUGUCAAAUGCAGUAUCUGCCAGGAAGAGUACGUGGCUGGAGAUGAAGUUGGAAGAUUGCGGUGCGAGCAUAGAUUUCACGUUGUCUGCGUAAACCAGUGGCUGCGGCUUAAGAAUUGGUGCCCUAUAUGCAAAGGAGCAGCAGCAGCAGCAGCUCCAGCACCCUCGCCCUCUCCCUCGCCACCCUCCACAUAAUUCAGUCAUUAAAUCAUUUGGAGGAGAAACUUCCUCAUCUUUCUUCUUUUUGAAUUUUACUGUUUCGAUGUACAUAUCGAUUCUCUUUCAUCUUGUCCCAUUCAACGAAUAAAUCCAAGCUGUUGGUCUUAGAAUCCGCAUUCACUUGUGGAACUGUGAAUACAUACAAAGUGGUGCUGUUUCUACAAA